AUGAGGAAGAUGAUUGUCCUCCAAUUGGACACUCUACAGGAGAUGGAGUGGCAUUUCCGUAUGUUAGAAAACGCCACUCGUAAGAGAGCAGCCAAACAAGUUGAGAAUAUCCGUCGUGUAGCAAUAAAUAAAUGUUCAGGAUUAAUAAAGAAAUUACAAUCAACAAAAACACAACUAGAUUAUUACCAAAAAGAAAAUGAAGAAUUGCAUGCAAACUUUGAGGAAAGAGUUAAAGAAUUUAAAGAACAAAUGCCCAAAAGCAUGCAAGAACUUGAUGCCCAGUGGCACCAACGUAUGGAGGAACUACGUGGUGUAAUAAUGAAUAGUCAGGGGGAAAUAGAAAAUCUGCAGGAGCAGCAGGACGAGUUGCUGCGUAGUCUAGAGGCUUAUAUGCGUUGGUUAGGAGGAGGAGGAGGAGCAGCAGCAGCAGCAAGCAGCAGCAGCAGCAGCAGCAACUUAAAGGAAUUAUUACCACAAUUUGGUGCUGCACUACGCAGUAAACUGCAGCAGCACGAAGCAGCAGAGAUAAAAUCUUUGCUGCGCCUGAUGAUAGAGAAUGCCGCUGCAGAUAAAGAACUAACAGAGGAAGAGCUGCAGCAGCAGGAAGGGUAUAAGGCACUACAAGAAAGAGCAGCAGAACUAACUGCGCAAGUAGAGGCCCUUAAGCAAGAAAAUGAUAAGGAGGGAAGCCGCCUGCUGGACCAGCUGGCGGUGCAGCAGCACAAAUGCUGCAGCAAGCCAAAGAAAAGAACAAACAAGUAA